GAAAUUAUGAAAAAAGUACUUUAAAAUUCCAGUACAACACGGCGCUCUUGGUUUUAAGGCUUGCCCUAGCCGCUGAACUUAGACCCGAGUUGAGAUGCUCUUACCAUAUCAGUGAUUUGUAGCGUGAUUUGUAGCAUAUAUUACUUUAUACUUUUAAAUUCCAGUAGUUCAGUUUUUAGUAGUCGCCAACGGAACCCUAAUCGAAUAUCUGUAUCGCGGCCAUCAAGUGAAGUUGUUUAGAGGAGAUGUUGGACAUUAAUCUCUUCAGGGAAGAUAAAGGAGGCGCUCCUGAAAGAAUCAGGGAAUCGCUGCGUCGGAGGUUUAAGGAUCCUGUGGUGGUUGAUGAGGUCAUUGCACUCGACCAGGAGUGCCGAUUGCGUCAAUAUGAGCUGGAUAACUUGCGCAAGGAUUUUAAUAAGAUCAAUAAGGAAGUUGCUAAACUCAAAAUUGCCGGUGAGGAUGCAAGUCAAAUGAUUAAAAGCACCGAGGAAAACAAGGAUUCGACUGCAAAGAAAGUGGAAGAAGUAGAAGUUGCCCGCAAAGCCCUGUAUUCAAAACUGGAGACAAUUGGAAACCUUGUGCAUGAUACAGUCCCAAUUAGCAACAAUGAGGAUGAUAAUGCUAUAAUCCGAUCAUGGGGUGAGAAGCGCUCAGAUCAAAAGCUAAAAAGUCAUGUUGACCUUGUUGAGCUUCUAGGAAUUGCAGAACUGAAAAGAGGGGCAAAUGUAGCCGGAGGUAGAGGUUAUUAUCUAAAAGGAGACGGUGUACGCCUUAACCAAGCUCUGAUUUGUUUCGCUCUUGAUUUUUUGGAGAAGAGGGCUUAUACCCCAUUGCAGCCUCCUUUCUUCAUGAGAAAAGAUAUUAUGGCCAAGUGUGCUCAAUUAGCACAAUUCGAUGAAGAGCUUUACAAGGUUAGUGGUGAAGGAGACGAUAAGUAUCUAAUUGCUACAGCUGAGCAGCCACUUUGUGCUUAUCAUAUUGAUGAUUGGAUUCAUCCUUCUCAGCUUCCAAUAAGAUAUGCUGGAUAUUCCUCUUGCUUCCGUAAAGAAGCUGGUUCACAUGGUCGAGAUACUCUUGGUAUUUUCCGAGUUCAUCAGUUUGAGAAAGUGGAACAGUUCUGUGUGACUAGUCCAAAGGGAAAUGAUUCCUGGGACAUGUUCGACGAAAUGAUCAAAAACUCUGAAGAGUUCUACCAGACGCUAAAAAUUCCGUACCACAUAGUGGCAAUUGUCAGUGGUGCUCUAAACGAUGCAGCAGCGAAAAAAUAUGAUUUGGAAGCAUGGUUUCCAGCAUCCCAGACUUAUAGGGAGCUCGUCUCAUGUUCAAAUUGUACCGACUACCAGUCCAGAAAGUUGGAAAUCCGAUUUGGGCAAAAGAAGAGCAAUGAUCAGACAAAACAGUACGUUCAUAUGUUGAAUUCAACCCUUACAGCAACAGAAAGGACAAUAUGUUGCAUUCUCGAGAACUACCAACGAGAUGAUGGAGUGGAAGUACCAGAGGUUCUGCGACCAUACAUGGGUGGCAAAUCCUUCAUGCCUUUCUUGGCCAAGGAAGCAAAAGGGAAGAAAUCAAAGUCUUGAUUAUAUCUUCUUAUUAGUAGCCAUGAUUAAUUCCCAUGAAGAUUGAAAGGAAUCAUUGAAAGGGAACUGUAAUGACUAUAGUUUGGAUAAAAGUUUUUUGUUUGCUUGGAUAAUAUUUGAUCAGGCGCCCUUUCAGUCUGUGUUUAGAUGGUGCAUCAAGAAUCAAUUUCUGGGAGAAGGAUAUCAAACUUGUAUUGAUGAUGAUUGGAUACAUUUUGAGGAUGAUGAUCUUUACUUGGAUGAUAUCUCAUCUUUUAACGAAGACCA